UAUAGCACGUAUCGAUGAUCGAGAAAUUACUGCUCAAUUAAAAGAGAAAAAAACAGCUCAGAAAGAAUACAGUGAAGCAUUACAAGCAGGUCAUGGUGCUUAUUUAUUAGAACAAGAUGAAAAUUCACAAGAUAAUUUCGUCAUCAAUGUUGGUGCACUUCCACCUGGUAAAGAAUGUGAAAUUGUUAUUUCGUAUGUUACUGAACUAAAUCUUGUUGAAAAUGGUACGAAGAUUCGAUUUGUUAUACCAACAACUAUUGCACCUCGUUAUAAUCCUGGAAUAGGUGAUAUUAGUUCACCAGCUAGUACUACAUCAAAAUAUAUUCAAUCUGUACCAUAUACGAUUGAUUUUCGUUGUCAAAUUGAAAAAAUUGGUAUUGCUUCUGUUAGUUCUGUAUCACAUCCAAUUCGAAUGGAUUUGAGUCAGACAGAUUUUUAUAUCAUUACAUUUGCUCAGCAAAAUACUCAAUUAGAACGAGAUAUUAUGUUAGAUAUGGAAUUGAUUGAAAACCACUCGAACACAGUUUUAGCUGUUGAAACCAAUGCAAUUAUGGCUUCAUUUACACCAAGUGAAGAAGAUUGUCAACGUGUCAUGAAUAAUACUGAUCUUACGAAUGAAUUUAUUUUUGUUGUUGAUUGUAGUGGUUCAAUGGACGAUGAAAAUAAGAUUGAACUGGCUCGACAAGCAAUGUUACUCUUUCUCAAGAGUCUUCCAGUGAAUUGUUAUUUCAAUAUAAUUCGAUUUGGUAGUGAUCAUCAAGGUUUAUUUUCAGAAAUUACUGCUAUAUAUAAUGAAGCGAAUGCACAAAAAGCUGAACGACUCACUAAGACGAUGAGAGCAGAUUUAGGUGGUACUGAAUUAUUACCACCUCUAGAAUGGCUUGAUAAAAAUCCACCAAUUCAAGGCCGUGCGCGUCAAAUAUUUCUUCUUACUGAUGGUGAAGUUUCAAAUGUAGAUGAAGUGGUUGAUCUUUGUCGAACGAUGGCUACAUCAACUCGAAUCUUUUCAUUUGGAUUAGGUUCUUCUCCUAGUCGUUCACUUGUGAAAGGUUUAGCACGAGCAACAAAUGGUCGAUUUGUUUUUAUUCCUCCUCACACCAGUGUUGAUGUACAUGUUGGUGAACAAUUACGAAAAGCAUUACAACCUUGUAUUACUAAUGUACAAGUCAAAUGGAAUUUGGAAACAACACCAAUUAUAACUAUUCCAAUGGAAACACCACCUGUUUAUGUCAAUGAUCGUUUAAUUGUUUAUGCACUAGCUGAUAAUUCAUCAAUUAAAUUUGAUCAUCAUUCACGAGUCGAAUUAAUAUCUGCACAACAUCGAUUAGGUGAAGCUAAAGUGACUCAAAUACCGAAUGUUAGUAGCAAUGACACAAUUGCUCGAUUAGCUGCUAAAGCACUUAUUCUUGAAUUGCAACAUCA